AUGCUGCGCCGCACCUUCUCUGUCCUGGGCGGCAAGGUGCUUGUUGUGGCGGAGAUGCACAACGGAAAAGUCGCCCCCUCCACACUCGCCGCUGUGACGGCGGGACUGAAGGUCGGCCCCGUUAGUACCCUCGUCGCCGGAAAGGACGCUGCGAAGACGGCGGCGGCACUCGCCAAUGUGAAGGGGGUGGAAUGCGUCCUCGUCGCGGAGGGUGAGCACUACGAAAAGGGUAUGCCAGAGGAGUACGCCCCCCUCAUUGCCUCCGUGGUGAACGACGGGUACACGCACAUCUUUGCAGGCACUUCGGCGUUCGGAAAAAACGUGAUUCCCCGCGCCGCGGCAAGGGCAGACGCGAUGCCGAUCACAGAUGUAACGGAGGUGAAGGACGACGUCACGUUUGUUCGCCUCAUGUACGCCGGCAACGUGGUCAGCACAGUGAAGACGUCAGACCCGGUAAAGUACGCCACCAUCCGCGGCACCAGCUUCGAACGCGCGCCGAUGGAGGGCGGUAGCGCCGAAAUCAAAGAGGUGGCGGCCACGAAGGCUGGGGGAACGUCCAGGUGGAUUAAAGACGCUGUCGCCGCGACGGACAAACCAGAUCUGCAAACGGCCGCGAAUGUCAUCGUCGGCGGCCGCGGUCUGAAGAAUGCUGAGAACUUUAAACUUCUCAAUGACCUAGCAGAGCCGCUGAAGGCGGCGGUAGGUGCGACGCGCGCCGUUGUGGACACUGGCUGCUGCCCCAACGAGAUGCAGAUUGGGCAGACAGGCAAGACGGUGGCGCCGAAUUUCUACCUCGGAUGCGGUGUCUCCGGGGCGAUUCAGCACGUGGCUGGGAUGAAGGACUCGAAGGUGAUUGCCAUCAUCAACAACGACGCUGACGCACCGUUCUUUCACGUGGCAGACUACGGCCUUGUGGAGGACCUCUUCGUCGCGGUGCCGAAACUUACGUCUAUGGUGAAGAAGUGA